GUGUGUGUGCGCGCGUGUGUGUGUGCAUGUGCGUGUGCGUGUCGCCCUUUCUCUCUCGUUCCACCGGCAAAAAAAAAAAAGCGAGGCUCAGUUUCGUCGCUUUUGCACCGAGGGGCAAAUUUGCAGUGACUUUAUUAGCUGAGUAGUUUUAAUUCCCCGGUAGAUAAAGCGGUAAGGAUUUGUGAGCGGUAAGGAGCCCGAUGGAGCGCUCACCGUAGCCUGCCCAGGGCUGAAGAGGUCCCAGGAUUCUUGAGCUGAGCCCAGCUGACAAGCUUUUGAAGAUGGCACAAUAACAGUCCAGUGAUGCCUGACCAUGACAGCACAGCCCUCUUAAGCAGGCAAACCAAGAGAAGAAGAGUUGACAUUGGAGUGAAAAGGACGGUAGGGACAGCAUCUGCAUUUUUUGCAAAGGCAAGAGCAACGUUUUUUAGUGCCAUGAAUCCCCAAGGUUCAGAGCAGGAUGUCGAGUAUUCAGUAGUGCAGCAUGCAGAUGGGGAAAAGUCAAAUGUACUCCGCAAGCUGCUGAAGAGGGCGAACUCGUAUGAAGAUGCCAUGAUGCCUUUUCCAGGAGCAACCAUAAUUUCCCAGCUGUUGAAAAAUAACAUGAACAAAAAUGGUGGCACAGAGCCCAGUUUCCAAGCCAGCGGUCUCUCUAGUACAGGCUCAGAAGUACAUCAGGAGGAUGUAUGCAGCAACUCUUCAAGAGACAGCCCCCAAGAGUGUCUUUCCCCUUUUGGCAGGCCGACUAUGAGCCAGUUUGAUGUGGAUCGGUUAUGCGACGAGCACCUGAGAGCUAAACGCGCCCGGGUUGAGAAUAUAAUUCGAGGUAUGAGCCAUUCCCCCAGCGUGGCAUUAAGGGGCAAUGAAAAUGAAAGAGAAAUAGCUCCGCAGUCCGUCAGUCCCCGAGAAAGUUACAGAGAAAACAAACGCAAGCAAAAGCUGCCACAGCAGCAGCAGCAGAGUUUCCAGCAGCUGGUUUCGGCGAGGAAAGAGCAGAAGCGAGAGGAGCGCAGACAGCUGAAGCAGCAGCUGGAGGACAUGCAGAAGCAGCUGCGCCAGCUGCAGGAGAAGUUCUACCAGAUCUACGACAGCACCGACUCCGAAAAUGAUGAAGAUGGCAACCUGUCCGAAGACAGCAUGCGCUCCGAAACCAUGGACGCGAGAGCCGGCGACUCUGUUGGCAGGUCGGACAACGAGAUGUGCGAGCUGGACCCGGGGCAGUUCAUCGACCGGGCACGGGCCCUCAUCCGGGAGCAGGAGGUAGCGGAGAACAAGCCAAAAAGAGAAGGUCCUAAGGAGAAGGAGCAAGGGCCGAACGCCUUCCACCCUGAAGGCAAACACUUGGCUGAGACCCUCAAGCAGGAGCUGAACACUGCCAUGUCACAAGUUGUGGACACAGUGGUCAAAGUUUUCUCAUCCAAGCCCUCCCGCCAGCUUCCUCAGGUCUUCCCGCCCCUCCAGAUCCCGCAGGCAAGGUUUGCCGUCAACGGGGAGAACCACAACUUCCACACAGCCAACCAGCGCCUGCAGUGCUUCGGGGACGUCAUCAUUCCCAACCCCCUCGACACCUUUGGCAGCGUCCCCAUGCCCGGCGCCACCGACCAAACCGAGGCGCUGCCCCUCGUCGUCCGCAAGAACUCCUCCGACCAGUCGGCCUCGGCCCCGCCGGCCGGCGGCCACCACGCCUCCCUGCACCAGUCCCCGCUCUCGGCCACCGCCGGCUUCUCCACCUCCUCCUUCCGCCACCCCUUCCCGCUGCCCCUCAUGGCCUACCCCUUCCAGAGCCCGCUGGGCGCCCCCUCGGCCUCCUUCCCGGGGAAAGAGCGCGCCUCCCCCGAAUCCCUCGACCUGACCCGGGAGACCACCAGCCUGAGGACCAAGAUGUCGUCGCACCACAUGAACCACCACCCCUGCUCGCCCGCCCACCCGCCCAGCGCCGCCGAGGGCCUCUCCUUGUCCCUCAUUAAGUCCGAGUGUGGCGACCUGCAAGACAUGUCCGAAAUCUCGCCCUACUCGGGAAGUGCAAUGCAGGAAGGCUUGUCACCGAAUCACUUGAAAAAGGCCAAGCUCAUGUUCUUUUACACCCGGUACCCAAGUUCCAAUAUGCUGAAAACCUACUUCUCAGAUGUGAAGUUCAACAGAUGCAUUACCUCUCAGCUCAUCAAGUGGUUUAGCAAUUUCCGUGAGUUUUACUACAUUCAGAUGGAGAAGUAUGCGCGGCAAGCCAUCAACGACGGGGUCACGAGCACUGAGGAGCUGUCUAUAACCAGAGACUGUGAGCUGUACAGGGCCCUGAACAUGCACUACAAUAAAGCAAAUGAUUUUGAGGUUCCAGAGAGAUUCCUGGAAGUGGCUCAGAUCACGUUACGGGAGUUUUUCAAUGCCAUUAUCGCAGGCAAAGAUGUUGAUCCUUCCUGGAAGAAGGCCAUAUACAAGGUCAUCUGUAAGCUGGACAGUGAGGUCCCUGAGAUUUUCAAAUCCCCAAACUGCCUACAAGAGCUUCUUCAUGAGUAGAGAGUUCAGCAGCUAUUUAUGAAUGUAUGAAAGUAGCAGUCCCUUUCUGAUGCCCAAGUCAUGUGUGUCUCUAUUUUAAUUUCAUAUAUAUGUGUAUCGCAUACAUAUAUAUAUGUAUAUGAAAUUAGACUGAUCCCUCCUGGAUAUAAGUUUUCGUUCAGUUCCAAGGGGAUGGUUGUUUUACUUCAGCCUUUGGUUUACUUUUGCCCGAGACCCUUAACAUUUGAAGAAUCAACGGGGUUAAUUUUCAGGGAGAAGAGUUUGGAAGCGUGUAAAAGCCUGUCUUAGCAAGUUAGGGCAUUAUGUUUAAAAAUGCUUUGUCAGAUUUAUUGCUUGCUGCAAAGUGGCAUUUUGUCUUGGUGAGACUAAUGUCAUGGCACAAUACUACAGACAAUGAAGUUUAUAUUAUGUUUAUACUGCUAAAGGUCUGAACUCUGUGGAGUCACUUCAUAAGCUUCGAGCUUUUUUAUUUGUAUUUAUAUACUUUUUAAUCAAUAACUAGAUUUUGUUUCAUACUUCAAAAAAAUACAUCUGUUUUAGGUACUCACUCCAAGAAGUGACACCCAAAAAUGCAAACCCUAUGCUUCAUGUUUUCCUUACAGAAAUGACAGAUACCCUGCACCAGUAACCAACAUGCCAGGUUCUUGUUAUUCUAAAUUGCAGCAAGGGAUGUUUGCACAAAUCAAAUACUGUUCUUGCAGGGUUAGGCCAGUAAUUCAUGCACAAUAUUGUAUCAACCACACUAAUUUUGGAAUAUGGUCAGCUUACUAAAGCGGAAGCAUUUCACUCUCCAUAGAGAAAAAAUGAAACCUUCAACAUCGUAUAUUGCCAUGUCUCAGUCUUACUUUAAGUGGCAUUAGUCCCUACAUUUAUUCUUUUCUUAGUCCAUUCUGCCCCCCAAAAUCCCCUUUCCAGCAUAUAGAGUUUCCUGUCUGUAUUUGACAUCUGUCCUGAAAAGCACUUUUUGAACCAUCUUAGAUAUAGUAGAAGAGUUUUCACCUCACAGUGCUGAAGCAAAGAAAAAAAAAAAAGGCUUCUUUGUGGCUAUAAAAUAUAAUUAGUCUUUUCCUAAUCAGAAGAAUAAAAAUUACAUUUUCAUAAAAAUCUAAUCAAGCAUUAUACAAAAAUCACAGUGUCCUCCUGGCUAUGCAGGGUUCAGAUAGCCAAAUUGGAUUUUUAAAA